AUGCAGCAGCAGCACCGAGAGAUGAUGACCCAACUGAUUCAACAGCAGCAGCAAAGUGAUGAGAAGCAUGAACGCUUUCUCCGUACGAUCGCAUCGUCAAUCAACGUGCAGGUACCACCGAAUCCCGAACAGAUCCUUGACUCUUUGGCCGGCAACAUCAAGGAAUUCCGGUUCGAGGCCGACUCCAACGUGACGUUUGCGGCUUGGUACUCGAGAUACGACGAUCUCUUCGAGAAGGAUGCUGCUAGAUUGGACGGUGAAGCAAAAGUUCGUCUUCUUUUGCGAAAGCUGGGUGCAUCGGAGCACGAACGCUUCCUGGAAACAGUGGCCAAGCUCAAGAGCCUGUUCGGAGCAAAAGAAUCGGUGAUCAGCCGUCGCUAUCGAUGCCUGCAGAUAGCGAAAAAUCCUGCAGAGGACCAUGUGGCAUUCGCUUGCCGCGUAAACAAGGCUUGCGUGGAGUUUGAGCUGGAUAAGCUCUCGGAGGAGCAAUUCAAGUACUUGGUCUAUGUGUGUGGUUUAAAAUCGGAGAACGACGUCGAGAUUCGCACCCGCCUCCUCACGAAAAUAGAAGAGAGAAAUGACGUGACGUUGGAGCAACUUUCGAAGGAGUGCCAGCGACUGUACAACCUGAAGCACGACAGCGCCAUGAUCGAAUCUCCGUCCACGUACGACCAAGUACAAGCGAUAAGAAAAUUUGGUGGGAAGCGUGACACCGACAGGAAACCAAAUUCGCCAUGUUGGUUUUGCGGUGGAUUCCACUACGUUCGGGACUGUAGAUACAAGAGCCACAAGUGUUCCGAAUGUGGCCAGUUCGGGCAUCGUGAGGGGUACUGUACCAGUGCCAAACCCCGAAAAACUGGAAGGAGGCGCAGGAAGCAACCAGUGUCCGCCAAGGUGGUGGUCGUCGAUGUGUGCAGUGUGCAGCAACGACGCAGAUAUGUCUCCGUGGGCUUUUCUGGAACAAAAAUUCGCCUGCAACUCGACACCGCCUCAGACAUCACCGUCAUUAGCAGGGAGAUUUGGCGGAGCAUUGGCAGUCCUGCGUUAUCGUCAGCAACGGUGAAGGCGAAGACGGCAUCUGGCAGCAUCCUAUCGCUCGAUGGGGAGUUCGAGUGCGACGUCACCAUCGGAAGCAGUACACGACGUGAGCUCAUCCGUGUAACCGAGAAGCAGCUGCAGUUACUCGGAUCCGAUUUGGUCGACAGUUUCAACCUUUGGGCCGUCCCUAUGGACACCUUCUGCUGCCACGUGUCUGGAACGCCAGUGUCGACAGGUGCACUCAAGUCGUCUUUUCCAGAGGUCUUCAGCGAGAAGCUCGGCUUGUGCACCAGAACAAAAGUGAAGUUGGAGUUGAAAGAAAACGUUCGACCCGUCUUCUGUCCGAAGCGUCCGGUAGCUUACGCUAUGUAUGAUACCGUUGAUCGCGAGCUCGACCGGUUAGAGAAAUUGGACAUCAUCACCCCGGUCGAUUAUUCGGAGUGGGCCGCUCCGAUCGUCGUAGUCCGCAAGUCCAAUGGCUCCAUCAGGAUUUGCGGAGACUACUCAACGGGUCUGAAUGCAGCUCUCCAAUCACAGCAGUAUCCACUUCCACUUCCGGAUGACAUCUUCGCCAAGCUGGCUAAGUGUAAGAUCUUCAGCCAGAUAGAUUUGUCCGACGCCUUCUUACAGGUGGAAGUUGACGAGCAGUACCGUAGUUUGCUGACGAUCAAUACGCAUCGUGGUCUCUACCUCUACAACCGCCUGCCGCCGGGUUUGAAGAUCGCGCCUGGCGCAUUUCAGCAGCUCAUCGACACAAUGUUAGCCGGACUGAAGGGCACUUCUGGCUACCUCGAUGACGUCAUCGUCGGCGGAGAAACUAAAGAGGAGCACGACCUCAAUCUACGGGGUGUCCUGAAGCGAAUCCAAGAUUUCGGAUUCACGAUUCGUGUUGACAAGUGUUCGUUUCGCAAGCAGCAAAUCCGAUACUUGGGGCACAUCGUCGACAGUCGCGACACACUACGAUCCGAAGCGGGAAAUCAUCGUUUCUGCUGACGCUUCAUCCGUUGGACUUGGGGCUACCAUUAGCCAUAGGUUCCCAGAUGGAACCAUCAAGGUGGUCCAACAUGCAUCCAGGGCGCUCACGAAGGCAGAACAGGGCUACAGUCAGCCCGAUCGCGAAGGUCUGGCCUCUUUUGGCAUAAUGGGCUGAUCCCAGGUUCGGCAUGAAGACCACAUCACCUUCCCAAUUCCGGCAAGCACUUCGUAUUAUGUAUCUCCCCGUUCACCAUAUGACUCGAAAGAAGAGCGGCUUGGACAUUCCCUUCACGUCUGUCAGAGAAGGGCCUUCUUCGAGAACUUGAUGUGAAUGAUAUAUUCGACGUCAUCGCUUACCUGGGGAACGUAAAGUACCCGGUCCCCUGCCAUUCGUUGAAUUCUAGCAUCAAGUACGUCUCGUCUUUCAUUAUGAGUACGAAAAGAAGCUUUUCACUUCUUCCGCCGGAAAGAAGUUUUUCACCAG